GAUUUUGAAGCCCAACUAAAAAGCCCCCUGAGAAUUUCACUCUGAACGGUAGGGUUUAUGCCUCUUCCCGGAAUCUGAACGACGGCUAAACUCCUCAACCAUGAACGCACACAGCUCUCAUUCUCUUAAUCUACUUGCUGACUGAACGUUCACCGUUUUCCAUACAUUUCAAAGAUGAGAUAUCUGCGAACUUUUUCCACUCAUUUCUCCAGGAUUCGCAGAACUUUCGCUCAAAACCCUUGCUCCGAUUCUCCGUCCACUCUUAACUUCGAUCUUCUUGGAUUGGAGAGUUAUGCGUCGUCAUCAUCGCUGAACCAUCGGAAUUUCACCACUGCUUCACCCGAAUCAAGACCAGCUCCUUCUGAGAAAGUUUCGGCCAUUGUGGAUGAGAUCUCUGGUCUCACGCUACUCGAGGUUGCGGACCUCACGGAGGUUCUACGGCAAAAAUUGGAUGUGAAGGAGAUGCCGGUAAUGGCAGUGAUGAUGCCUGGGAUGGGGUUCGGCGGCUUGCAAGGUGCCGGUAAGGGUGGUCCUGGAGCGAAAGGCGGUGAAGAGAAAAAGGCGGAGAAGACGGCGUUCGAUGUGAAGCUUGAAGCUUUUGAUGCUGCCUCCAAGAUCAAGAUCAUUAAGGAAGUGCGAACGUUUACGAAUUUGGGGUUGAAGGAGGCUAAGGAUUUGGUGGAGAAAGCACCUACGCUUCUGAAGAAGGGAGUGACUAAGGAGGAAGCUGAUACCAUUAUUGCCAAGAUGAAGGAGGUUGGCGCCAAAGUUUCAAUGGAGUGAGGAUGCUGCAGAAAAUACCAAGCUUUUUAUGGCCAUUUUCAAGUCAGAGCAGCAGUUGAAGAUAUAUUGUUGUGUCUUGAAAUUCAUUUGGGAUGGAUGAGGGCAUGGAAUUGUUUGGUUUCCUUCAAAAUUUAUGGAGCAUUCUUUAUCAGAACUUUCCAUAUUUUUGCCUCGACCUGGAAUUGUAUUGGUGGAUAGAUAUUUCUUGGUACUUGCCUUUUUGUAUUCAUAGGUUAAAUAACUUAAAACACCACCCAUUGAAGAAGAGAGUUCUCGACAAUGAGUCUUUUGUAUUAAAAAACAGCGGAAGAACAAAUCACCAGCUUCAUUUUCCCCUAUUACUGCAAACUUUGUAAACUCAAACAGUGGUGAUUGAAUCCCAUGUACCAUCAUGGCUAAAAUUCUAGUUCGAUCGACCAUUUGAAAAGUUGAGGAGAUUCAUUUUAACUUAUUUUAGAUCCAA